UUAAGGUACUCUUUCAGUAAAAUGAAAAGUUACCCACUGAGUAGUGUUUGAGCAACAUUUUGUGUUGUUGACAAAGUGGACUAUUGCUAUUUAUACACCUAUCUUAGUGUGUCUCACAUGUCACUUGGUGUCUCAGGAGUUACGUCAAGGAGGAUUAAAGUAAUAGGCUUUGUUCCACGCAGCCCGCGGUCCUGUCCUGCCCACACAGGCCUGUCUCUAAAGCUCCUCUGGGAAUAUGGACGUCCUUCAUGUCACAUUACCUGUCGCUGUUGUAUUUUGUUUCAUCACUCCUGUAUCUUCAACUUGUGUGACCGGUUGCUCCUGCAGAGAUGAUAAACUGGGAAGGUCUUUGCUAUGUAUGGGAACCUCCUUGAGACAAAUCCCAGAGGACGUCCCACAAGACUUUGCUAAAAUACGAAUUGAAAACUGCCACUUGACAGAGUUACCUCAAGGGUCUUUCUCUAAAGUCAGUGCCUUGGAGUUUCUCUGGCUGAAUUUCAAUGAGAUCACCCUGAUGAACAUCAAAAGUCUUGGGGGGCUGGCUAACCUGACAGAGCUCAGGCUACAAGGGAACAAGUUGACCACUGUGCCAUGGACAGCGUUUCAAGACACACCCAAACUCAAGAUUUUGGACUUAAAGCACAAUCGACUAGACGUCCUGCCUGAGCAAGCUCUGAGGUACUUACCUGCCCUGACCUACUUAGAUUUAUCCUUCAACCAGCUUAGCGUGAUAUCAAAAGAUGUCUUCCAUAACUGGCCACUUUACGAGACAGCACAGAAAGCAUGGGGGAAAGAAGGACUGGUGUCGAAUGUUGUUCUGGCACUGCACGACAACCCAUGGUUGUGCGACUGCAGACUCAAGGGCUUUGUUGAAUUCAUCAAGACCGUCAGCCCUCCCAUCAUUCUGAUGAACUCUUAUCUGAUGUGCUCAGGCCCCGCCUCCAAAGCUGGCAAGUUUUUCCAUGAGAUCCCAGUGAAAUCCUGCAUGAAACCAGAGGCCUCUUCCCCAGAGACUAACAUCACUUUACCUCUGGGAGCAAAUGCAACACUUUCAUGCUUAGUCAAGGCCAGGCCGAGCCCUACCAUUCACUGGAUGUACAGUUUGAAGAUUAUAAGAGGAUUUACUGUUACAGAGACCCAGGUAGACGAGGAGACGGUCACCUCCCAGCUGGUGAUCCCCUCUCUUCACCUUGCGGAGCGAGGACUCUACACCUGCGUGGCCAACAACUUCAUUGGCAACUCCUCUGUCAGCAUUAUGGUGGACAGCUCUUCUCCCUCCUCCAUUCCUCUCCCUCCACCCGUCCCCAUGUUGUCAUCUGAUCAUAACACCUUCAUUGAAAUCCGAAUCGCAAAGCAGACAGUUUACGGUAUCACCCUGGAUUGGCAUGCAGAGACGGACAACCCAGCGAAAACAUGGUUCACCAUCCACUUUGGCAAGUAUGAUACACCCAAAAAGGAGACGAUCUACAUUGGCCCCGGCAUCAACAGCUACUCCGUUGGCAACCUGCUUCCUGUCACCAAAUACGAGGUGUGUGUGAGCCUGAAAAACCAUCCGCCGAGGGAAGGUGAAUGCAUCGUGUUCGUGACGGGAAAUGACAUCAGUGAGAUGGAGCAAAGAAAGAGACUUAUACACAUUAUUGUUAUCGUGUGCGCCAUGGUGCUGGCUGUGCCGGCUGGCAUGUAUGCUUGCACCACAGAGAUCAGGUUCACCUGCGUGGAACGCUGCAUGGAUCGUUGGAAGAAGCGAAGACAGGAAAACAGAGAGAACCAUCCUGGGACGGAGAGGCAGGGAACCUUUGACAGCCUGCAGGCGAACAGCGAAGAAGUCCUGUGCAGGGAGUUGGAGGAGAAGCCGAAACGGAAACGAGAGAAAGGAGGAAGUGCUGCUUAUAUGUACUAGCAUCAAAGCUUGGGAAUGUGUGCAUGUGUAUUUGUAAAAGAUGUCAGGUUUGAGCUCAAGUAUUUGAGUUUAAGUUCCAAUGUCCAAUUUCUCUCUUUCCUUAACUAAAAAUGUUUUUUACACUACUAAUGGCCAUUAUGAGAGUAUGUUCAGAAACAUUGACGACUCUUCUGAGCAUCUCAAUGACAAAAGAAAAGAAAAAUACAUUUUGAACAGAUUCCUAUUUAGUGAUCUUAUUUCCUUUUCAGGUUUCUGUCCUUUUUUUGGUUCAAGUAAGAGUAAAAAGAAAAACAUCAACUUAAACAGUUGUGAAUUUUUAGUUUCCUUCUUUUUUUUUUUUACAUUUAAUGUACAAAUUUAGGAUGGACUAAUGUUGUUUCAGGUUGGUUUUUUUGGAUAAGGGAGGAAUCACAGCUGGCAAAAUGAGUAAAUUAUUCAUGCUGAUUUUGUUUAUAUCUAGAUAGUGGAAAAAACACUUGGGGGAAAAACAUUCAGAAUUUAGGAAAAUUUUGUAAACUGUUGGCCUUUUUUUUAAUAGAUGGCAAGUUUUAUUUAUUUAUUUUUGUAUCCAGAAACUCAGAUGUUUACUGUUACUUGUUUUGAACCCAUACUCUGACACACGAGAUGCUACUGAACUGGGGCUCCUUCUGUAAAUAUAUAUCUGAAGCUAUCAUCUCUAAGUGGUGGUGUCGACGUCCUUAUUAUGAGGACAAUUUGUUAUUAUCAUAACAUGGUAAGUUGCUUUUUUUGUUGUUUCUAAAAUAUGUUUCACACUUCUUUGGGUCAUUACAAAAUAAAGAUUUUGAUACUAAAUGCAGAAACAGGUGAUCCUAAAUCCAAAAUAUGUAAAUACCAGUAAUUUUGUCUUUUUUACGUUGUGUAUAUUAAUUGUUUAUUCGCCUGAAUUAAACUGUAAUCGAGUGUAUAAAAAAUAAUCAUUGUUCAAACGUAUUUAAUCCACUUCAUUUAAAAAAUAUGUUUUUUUUAAUAAAUUAGUCUUUUGACUGAAAUGACUCUCUUGUAUUUGAAUGAAAUGAUGUAUGAUUUGGAUUAAAUGGACGUCAAAGACAAAUGCUGAGACACACUGUGUCAAUCACAAAGAGGAUUUGUUACAUAAGCAGAGUUUUCCCCAGCAUUUAUACAUACAGCCUUAAGCAGAUUAAAGUGAUUUUCCAUCUGAA